UUCCACCUUCGAUAUCCGUUGGUGCUAUUUACCGUCUCCAGAGCAUCGCCGACGAUCAACUGGGACACUCAACGACUAAUCUAACUGCCAAAAUGACUCUGAAGGAGGAAUUCGCGACAAGGAACUUUAGCAUCUACGGACAAUGGUUUGGUAUCCUGUCCAUGAUCCUCUGCUUUGCGCUUGGCAUUGCCAACAUCUUCACCGUGAGAGUGCUUCUCAUCAUCUUCAGUGUCAUCUGCCUGGUAUCCUCAUUUAUCAUCCUCUUCAUUGAGGUUCCUCUGCUCCUCCGAAUCUGCCCCACAUCGGCAAGCUUUGACGCCACCAUUCGCAAGGUCUCGACGAACUACAUGCGCGCCGCUACUUACGGCGUCAUGGGUCUCAUCCAAUGGCUGAGCAUCACUGGUGGUGCCAGCAGCUUGAUCGCCGCCGCUAUCUUGUUGACGGCCACCGCUAUUUGCUACCUACUUGCUGGCGUCAAGGGCCAAGCCUUUGUUGGAAGUAAGACCUUGGGCGGGCAAGGAGUCGCGCAGAUGAUCGUAUAACUCUGUGCGCCAGAGGUAUCAACACCAGCGAAAGAACAGGCUCGUUAACGAAUUUGGGAGGGAAAACCGCGCAUGAUGGCGGGUACAGGACAAGAGUGGUUGAACAUGUGUGCAGGUGCCGUGAUGCGGAUACUAGGACCUGGGAGGAAGAUGGGUUUAGAUCACGAGGCCUUGGAGUUCAGAC